CGUCACAAAAAGUUGGGAUGGAAUCUCACUCAACCAGACCUGACCAUUUUGACCCUUCUUCCAGAAUUACUUGUUCAAAAUCAGCGACGCUUUUUGUUUGCUUGCUAAAAGGAUUUCUUUACACACAGUAAUCAGUCGCGUCCUUUUCGUGGUAUUAGGUCCGGCGUUGUUUACUCUUUUUUUUCUCGUUUCCAUCUUCCCCCCUCUCCAACUACUUUUCUCCAAAUACUUAGCGUUGAAGACUUGAGAUACCGGCGGGUUCGGUGACUACUAUCGCGCUGUUCAAAGAACCUCGGCUUCUACUUUCGCGCCACUAAUCUACAUUACUUACAACUUACAACUCUCCUUUCGCUCACUCAUCCAAGUCUUCCUCGCUCUACAAUAAUUAUAUACUCUCUUCAAGGACAUUUCGUUCCUCACUCUUUAUUUAUAAAACCUUCUACUUUUGUAAUUUCUUUCUCGAAACUUACCGUCACCCGCGCUUCUCGCCUUUUUGCUUCCAACAAGUCAAACCUCGCUCAACAUGUCUGACAGCAUGUGCGGCCCGUCCAACGGUGCCAAGAACCUUCUUGCGCACGCUGAUCGCGACCGCACUCUUCACCAGGACCGCCUGGUCAACUCGCCCAACUCGGCUGCCGGUGCUUCCUUCAGAAACCGCCCCUCCUUCGCUGCUGAUGGUGCCUUUGAGACCUUUCAGCAAGCCCCUAUGCUCGACGCCCCGGGUCCUUCCCUCGGCCUUGCGAAUAAUACGUUCCUGAACAACCCAGGCGUCCCGGCUUUUCAUGCUGGUCCAGCGCCUGGUGUCUUUGGUCAUGCGGUCGGAGGUGCGCCGGCUACGGCCAGUCCCAUGCACUCCUCCCGUGCCGCUGCCCACGGCUGGGUCGACCAGUUCGCCAGCAUGCAGCUCCGUCAGGACACAGCUCACGCGGCCCCGGCCAUGUCACCUCAAGCCAUGCCGGCAGCCAUGUCUACUGCAACCCACAACUCCAUGAUGGGCUUGCAGGACGACCAUAUGGCCUACAACACUCGCCAGUUCGGCGGUAUGGGAAUGGGUGUGGGUACGGGAAUGGGAAUGGGAAUGGGAUUGUCCAUGGACGAUCCUUUUGUCAUGCAUGGCACAGCCACGAACAACUUCACUCAUCAGCAGCCUCAGUUCGGCCUCAACGACCACGUCGAGUCGGCACUUGACAUCGAAGCCUUUAACAAAGCCUUUGGCGAGUACGACGAGUCUUCCUUUGAGCAAGAACUUGCUGAGUGGGCCGAGAAGGAAAAGGCCGAGAAGGCUCAGCAAGCUCAGCAGGAGUUUGAGGCUGCCGAGGCCGAGUGGAUGGCGCAGCACGGUCCGAGCGCCGAGAACAACACCAAAGUCGGCCCCCCCACCGACGAGGAAAUGGCCACUAUCGAUGCUGAUCUGGAGAACCUCGCUGAAGAGAUGGAAGCCAAGGAAGAAGCCGAGGCUCGUCGUCGCGAGGGCAACGAGGAGCUGGCCAAGGCAGCCAACGCCAUUUUGACCUCGGUCGCCGACAACCAGUCCGAGAAAUUUCAAAAGUCGACUUUCCUGGAUUUGAUGCGUCGCAUCGGCAACAGAGAGGUCGAGGUCGACGGUGAUAAGCUUGUCGAUGUGGCGACUGGCGAGCAGGUUAGCACUAGCCCUUCCGACUUUGGCCCCAACGACGAUGUCUCUGGCUCUUUGGAUGCGAACGACAAGGGCAUAGCUUCCGCUGAGCCUGCUUCUUCCGCUUAAGUUUUCGGCACCUCAAAGUCGAGGAUACCGUGUUUCGACCUUGGCUCACUGCUGGUUAAAUCGAAUCACUGUAUGGGGACUGGGACGACCAGUUUGUUAUCAUUGCAGGCGCGACAUCGUAUUGUUACAUGAUUUCUCACUUUUGUUACGGCUUUAUUACGGUUUAGGGGACAUCGACACGAUGUCGUGUCGAGCAUUCGAUUUUGUUGCUGCGCAUUUCCGAGCAUGGACUGGUUUCCAAGGGACGUAUUUUCACAUUGCUGGGAUAGAAGGAAAGGGUUUACAUGAAUAUGGAACUGUUUGGUACGAAAAGGAUUUGCUUCAGUCAUGGCUUGGGUCAGGUUCCGAUACCAAGGGUUUGGGCAUGGCGUUCAAGAAGGCCACAGGAGGCUAGGCAGGCGCAUGGUUCAUACUUUCUCUCACUACUUGUUACAUGUCAGCAUUGUUUCGGAGUAUUAUUACUAUUACACCGGCGUAAUAGGCAUUUGUUAUUGUACUAUAAUUAUUCUCACAACAACAAGCAGGAGGCUUAUCAUUCUCAUAUUAGCGUGGAUUCACAUAACUGAUA